AUGGAUGUCCCCGGUGGAGUUGAUAUUUCAGACUGCAGUUCAUUCGAUUGCGCAAGUCAGAAAAGCUCGUUCGAAACAGUGGGAUCAGCGCCAACUAAAAGCCCUUGGACCCUUGUCCCGGUGACAGUGAAGAACUUUAAUAAUUCGAAAACUAUCCCCGAGAAAAUUCGCGCCUAUAGGCGAAGUGAUUUCUUCGAUAGUAGACGAUCUAUCGCUCUCUGGACUCCAUCACCCGGACUCAAUCAUGACCCAAAAAUUACACAGAAAAACGUUGCUGUUGGCGAUGUUGGUGUUUUCACGGUCCGGGGAGGCUUCGAGGUGUUCUUCAAUGUCUUCAUGACUGAAGAGGUCAACAGGGCAUAUGGAUACCACCCACCCCCAAAUUUUACUCCAUGUGCGACGAUCACAAAGGGCAACAUUCAUAAAGCAUCUCUGAACGACGCAAACAUCGUUCGCGGCAGUUUUAUAGAAGUUCCAUGUGAAGGGUACAUUUUUUCCUGCGAGACUCCUUGCACACGACGGCCUCUCGAGGGAUCCGCCCUCGUUCUUCCAAUGGGCGGCUGGAAAUUUUAUUUGAAACUGGCAACGAUGAGGAUGCUAAUUCAGACUUACCUCAAUGUGCACGCAGAGAGCUGGUAUCAGUAUUACAGAUCUCCUAAUACCGGCCCUAUGCUUCCCAGCGGGUCUCUGAAAAUUGUCCACACCACCUACAAGACCAGCACCUGGGCGCUCGCUGUCGGCACAAAGGAUCUCACAACUCAGGAGAAGCGGCUGUUUGCAAGUCUUUCCCGGCCAGAAAAGGACGAAGACGUCUUCAAGUGGAAUCGACAUCAUGACGUCUCAGUUGACACCGGACCUUCGACUGUCGAGAUGGGUGGAAGGAAAGCGACGCUAAUCAACCAGUGUGUGGCAGUGGAGGUGGACGCAAUCAAGCCUACUGCAUUUCUCAGUACACUAAACGCUACAUUAACUCGGGUUUCUCUGUUUCUGUCACCGAAAUAA